AUGACUCAGAUUCACCUCUCUUGUGGCGGGCUCUCUUCUGGUGGGGACACUGCCACCACCACCAUCACCAUCACCACCAGCAACUCUGCCGGUUCUGGCGCGGGCAACGUCCCCCAGACCACCACCAACCCUCUCUCAUCUGGUGGAGGAAACCCCUCCCAGAUCAACAACUCUGGUGCUUCUGGGGUGGACAACGUCCCCCAGAGCAUCAUCCUUUUCCGACCUGCCUGGGCCGUCACCCCCAAGGUCGUCAACAAUCCCCUCGGUCCCGUAGUGGGCGCCAGGUGGCGUGUCGCUCGCCCUGACAGCUUCGACCCCCUCCAACUACCCCCCGACGAUGACGAGAUCACCGCCCCGGAAAUCCCCACCCACGACCCUGACUUCCUCGGGGAGGGGGAGGAAGAGGAUGAGGAUAUCCUCUUCGGCCAAGCCCUUGGGGAUUUCGCUGGUGGCCUUGAUGAGUUGGGGUGGGAGUGGGAGGUGCGAGAGGAGGAUGGGCCGGCACGCCCCUUUUCUCCCGGUUACUAUGAGCGCCUGGAGGCCGAGCUGGAUGAGAUUAUCGGGUGGCAGACCGACCAGCCGGCCGAAGGGUCUGACUCUGACCGGGAGGACGUCCCCCACGUGACCGAGGUGGAGGAUAUCGCCGAUGAGGCCAGAGAUGGUGACGAGGACGCCGCUCUGGAGGAGGCGUAG